AUGCAUAUAACAAUUAAGUUUGGAAAUGUGUUAUAUGGCCAUACCGUGUUUGUAGCCGAAAUCACCGACAUUUUUAUACUCGGUUUGGACUUCUUAACAAAACAUAAUUUUGUAAUUGACUUUGAGAAUAAUGUGCUACGCUCAAAUUCGGAAGAUGUAGCGUUAUUCCAGUUAGGAGCUGUUGAAAGAGAACCGUGUCAUCGAAUAACUUGUAAAAGUGAUAUUACUAUUCCAGCUCGAAUUGAGAUGCUUGUAAGAGGAGCCGCUGAGAAAAGUCAAAACUUUCGACAUGGUCUAACUGAAUUUCCGGACUCUGAAAAUUUUCCAAAAGGUGUAUUGGUUGCUUCCGCACUGGUAGAUCUUUCGAAGGAAACUGUACCAGUCAGAGUUGUUAAUCUAACUGGUAAUCCUAAAACAAUCAGGAAAGGCGACGUAUUAGCAACAUGUGCUCCAGUCACCUGUAUACAGAAACCUCCCGAAAUCAUGUCGAAAAAGCCUUCUAAAGAACUCGAACUGAAUCUGUUGAAGCCCACUGAAUUGAAUGAGGAACAGAAAAGUGUAGCAUGGAUGCUUAUUGACGAAUACGAGGAACUGUUUUCCUGUACAUCUGGUGACCUCGGGAGAACGAAAUUGGCUCAACAUCGAAUUGAAACUGGGAAUCACUCUCCUAUUAAACAGAAUCCCCGAAGACUACCAAUUGCUAAGACAACAGAAGUUAAAGAUCUACUAAGGGACAUGCAGGAAUGA